AUGGCGACGGAGACUGAAGCAGCGGCCGGGGUAUGGGGUCAACCUACCCUAACAGGUGCCGCCUUUGAUUUCAGGAGUGACGUCGUAACUACGCCCUCAAUCGGCAUGCUCAAUGCUAUCAGACGAACCACUUUGAACGACGAUGUUUAUGGCGAAGACCAGACCACCUCGGACUUUGAGUCCGAGAUGGCUGCCAUUUGCGGAAAGGAGGCGGCCGCCUUUGUGAUCACCGGCACCAUGGCCAAUCAGCUCGCAUUGCGCACCCUCCUCAACGAGGCACCGCCAUAUGGCAUCUUGACAGACGCUCAGUCUCAUAUUGUUCACUGGGAGGCGGGUGGCGCCGCGUUCAUCAAUGGUGCCAUGAUCCAGGCCAUACGCCCGCUCAAUGGCAGAUACUUAACGGUGAGGGACGCGGAGAAGCACGCCGUGCUGGCCUACGACGUACACAAGACGCCAACACGUGUAGUAAGCAUCGAGAAUACGAAUUCAGGCACAGUAAUUCCACUCGAGGAGCUACAGCGUCUCAAAGACUGGGCACGGAGGAAUGAGGUUUCGGUCCACAUUGAUGGUGCGAGGAUGUUCGACGCCGUCGCUGCCAGCGGGACCUCGCUGCACGACUUUGCGCAGUGUGCUGAUCUCAUCACGCUUGACUUCAGCAAGAACCUCGGCGCACCGAUGGGUGCAAUGGUUCUCGGAUCGGUGGAUGCAAUUCGAAGGCUGAAGCGAACACGGAAGGGUUUGGGCGGCGGUAUGCGGCAGGCUGGUGUUUUGGCCGCCGCCGCGCGCCAGGCCAUGAUUGAGAACUUUGGAUCGGGAGGUAUUGACACUGUGGGCACGCUCGCGAGGAGCCACGACAUUGCUAGGCUGGUUGGGCAGCUCUGGACAGAGAGAGGUGGGCGUCUGCUCCGGAGGGUCGAGACAAAUAUGAUCUGGGUAGACCUCAAAGCCCUGGGGAUCCAUGAGAAGGACUGGAACGCAGCGGGAAAAAGACAUGGGAUCCGUCUGGAUGGCAGGAGGAUUAUGUUCCAUCAUCAGAUCUGUGAUCAGGCUGUGAUGCAGCUGCAGAGUGUCAUCAAUGAGGUGCUUUCCAAGGAGGCCAAGAGUAUUGCUCAUAGCACUUGGAUUGAAGCCGGCAUAAGAGCAAGACUAUGA